GGAAAUCCAUCGGUCAACGAUCGAUAAUUACCGUGGCUGUUAGCCUAUUCUGCACGACGACCUGAUCGAAAAUCCCCCUUUCCCCCCCCCCCCAUCUUGAAAACCGUUGGGCUCUCUCCGACCAUGUCUGAGUCAACCGGCGCCAAUACCGCGAAACCGAGCAGCAGCGUCAAGCUGGUACUUUUGGGCGAAGCGGCGGUUGGAAAGUCGUCAUUGGUGCUGCGAUUUGUCAACAAUGACUUUCAAGAGAAUAAGGAGCCAACAAUUGGAGCGGCCUUUUUGACCCAGAAAUGUUCCCUUCCGACGCGGACGAUCAAGUUUGAGAUCUGGGAUACCGCGGGUCAGGAGCGGUUCGCCUCGCUGGCGCCCAUGUACUACCGUAACGCUCAGGCGGCUUUGGUGGUUUACGAUGUCACCAAGCCGUCGUCGCUCACCAAGGCGAAGCACUGGGUGGCGGAGCUUCAACGACAGGCUAGCCCCGGGAUUGUAAUCGCCCUCGUCGGAAACAAGCUGGACUUGACAAACGACGCGAACGAAGCCGCGGGUGAGGCGCAGCCCGAGGAGGGACACGAGCCGUCCCCGGCCGACGGAGACGAAGCCACCGAGGAAACCCAGGAAGAACCAGAUGCGUCGAACGGCGAUGCCCGGAAGGUGCCGACACGGGAGGCUAGCGCCUACGCGGAGGAAGAGGGCCUGUUGUUCUUCGAAACCAGUGCCAAGACUGGUGUCAAUGUGGUCGAUGUCUUCACGGCGAUUGCGAACGCGAUCCCCGAGAGCAGUCUGAAGAGUGGUCGCGGGGCAGGCGCAGGCACUGGUCAGACCAGCUUGAGCGGAGGUCGCCCGGCCGAAGACUCACGGGUUAACCUGGGAGAGCGAGGUCCGGCAACGGCCAAAGAAGGUUGUGCAUGCUGAUACCAGAUUGCUUUACGUGUUUGCUUGCGAUUUGCUUUUUCCCCAAUUUCCCUCUUGUUCGAUUUGGUCUCCGAUACAAUAUCAGGUUGAUUACAGGUUAAUGUGCUCAUCUCUUCGGUGGUUGGGACAGCAACCGUUCCCCGGGGAAGACUGGUUCUACAACCUGAGCCAUCUCCGUUGCGGCAUCUGCAGAGACGACUCUUGUUGAAGAAAGCGCUACUGACGGUUGUUCUUUUAUCUUAUUGUUUUUUGUACCAUUGGGCGACAGCGUGAUUCUAGUUAUUAUUGCCAGAUAAUCCAAUGAAGGAGAGAGGAUGGCGUUGUACAGAUGACGGAUCCGGCAGCGAAUUUAGGGUUCCAACAGUUGUUGAGCUGAAAGUCCUUGACGGGGAAAUAUCAGCGUGUAUCCUACUGGCAAUGAAAGAAAUCUUGUCACAAC